CUUACGUACAUCAUUACUGCAUCAAAUCGACCGGAGGAUUGUGAGACGCCGCCGGCUGCGGUCUCUCCCGAUCGCUGGGAUACGUGUCCCCAAUCCGCGUGAUUACUUGGGAUCUUCGCGACGCCAUUGUUGAAAUGCAAACCGUGUCAGAAUUCAAAGUACAAAGUUUGAGAGGGAUGAGCCGCGGCUAGCUCCACCCGGACUCAUGUCAAGUCAUCCUGCUCCUCGCUUGGACAUCCCUUGUCAUGUGAAAAUUCCUUGAUUUGUCAACUUGAGCUCCCAAGACUCAGAAGAACAGAAACAAGGACUGGAUUUCCUGUUUCUCACGGUCGGAGGAAUAAUGAAGGAGACAGAAAUGAACUGAGUGGAUGAGAAGAAAACUCAGAACUUUUCAGGAUGGCUUCUGGGCUCAUUAGAAGUGCCCUGUUGGGUGUAGGAUUUCUCACGUACCUCCUGGCGGGUGCCAUGGUGUUUCAGAUGUUGGAACAGGACGCAGAGACGGACGUCAAGCUGAAAACGGAGCAACACAGGUUGGACUUUUUGAAGAAUUACACUUGUCUUACCCAUGAUGCCCUGGAACAUCUCAUUCAGGUUAUUACAGAUGCAGUUAAGCAUGGGAUAAACCCUUUAUUAAACAGAACUGCAGAGAAGCAGACAAACUGGGAUUUCAGCAGCGCCUUCUUUUUUGCUGGUACUGUUGUAACCACCAUUGGCUAUGGAACAAUGGUACCGAAGACGGCAGGCGGACAGAUCUUCUGUGUGUUUUAUGCUUUAUUUGGAAUUCCUCUAAAUGUCAUUGUUCUUGGCCAAGUUGGCAGAUAUCUGUCCCGCUGGUGUGAACGGCUUGGAAAAUGUCUGCUUAGCAAGGGAAUAGGGAAGAAAAAAGCAAAAAUCAUUACAAUACUAUUUUUCCUGGCGGCUGGAGUCUUUGUGUUUUUGGGAAUACCACCAUUGGUUUUUAGCUUGACGGAACAGUGGACAUACAGAGAAGGAGUGUACUAUGCCUUCAUUUCCCUGAGCACCAUUGGCUUUGGUGAUUAUGUAGUAGGAUCUGGGCCCAAGGGCACACACCCGUUUGAUGGCUACCGGGCCUUGGUGUACUUUUGGAUCAUGUUUGGCCUUGCAUGGCUUUCGCUGCUGAUAAACUUAUUGACUUCAAUUUUGAAAGAUACCGAAAAGAAAAUAGAAAAAGAUCUCCACAAAAUAAGGCAACACAAAAAAGCACAGCAUCGCCAAGAAGUGGCCAUGGAACCUCUGACCUCCUCAAAGCAAGAAGCAAGUGCAAAGGAACCACGGGAAAAAGAAGUCCUUGACCUCCAUCUAGAAGGAUGAUCAAUAGCCAAAUCUUUGGGGGGUUUUUUUUUGCAAAGAAUCCUUCGAAUGGUUUUCAGCUUUCUUUCUAUGUAACCUUGCCCUAGAAGCAUCGGUGUUAUAUAUGUUUACCAAAACGACUUAGAAGAGGUUUGCUUGAGCAUUCAAUAUACACAGAGGGCACCAUAGCCCAUUAAUAAUGAUGCCUUUCCCCUGAUGGAUGCCCAAGGCUAUAGCAGUAAAAUCGUGAGGUACAAUAAUCCCCGAGGAUGCAGCUAUGUGCAGGGCUGGAUGCUAAAUGGUUGCCGAGCUGUUGCCCUAGUACAGCGCCACCUGAGGCCACUGCCUCACAUUGCCUCAUUAAAGAUGCACCCUGCUGUAGCCUCAUCUGUCCCAUUAGCCUAGUUCUAAGUAAACUAUUAUCUCAGCAGGUGGCAUCUCAUCUGUUAUUUCUUUAUGAAGCUGCAUGGACAAUAAGGAUAUACGAAGAGUAACCACCGCAUGGUAAUUUUCUAAGGGCAAGAUAGGUAAUCAUUGAUAGUUUGCAAGUGAAAGUGUAGAUCCAUGUUGUACAGCCUGCUUCCAUGCGCUUUAGAUUUUAGAGUUGUCUUAUCGUACUUUCACACUUGCGUUAAACUUUUCCGGUAUUGAGUUCCGUCCUAGGGGCUCAAUACCGGAAAAAAACGCAUCAGUUUUAUCAUAAUGCAUUCUGAAUGGAGAGCAAUCAGUUCAGGA